AUGUCAACCGGCACACCAACCGCCCAGGAGCCAUGUGCCCAAGUGGGUGUAUACCAGCGCCAAUAUCAGGCCGCAAAUCCUGGAGCGACUAGCUUUACUCUGCCUGCAGUUCCUUUGGUGAAAGAAGAUACACUUGCUGUGCUCACUGGACUUCAGGCUCGGGUACAGUGGCAAAGUACCCUGCACUGGGUGAAGGACCCGCCAGCACAUUGGCCACUGCCUCCUGUCGACAUCAUCAGGGAAAUUGACUUCGAAUGGAAAUUGGUGGAUCUGUUGAAUUCUGUUCACGAUGGGCACUUCACCUUUCUGCCAGACGCCUAUUUCGUCUUCACCUUCCUCAAUCUACAGCCCAUAAUUUCUCUUUCGACUGAUGGUAAACAGCUGCCAGAAAUCUACCUCUAUAACGACCUGGAGCCCGUAGCCCAAGGAGAAGGAUGGGAGCCUUCUCCAAUCGUCAAGAUCAACGGGACGGAAGCUGUUUCCUGGCUAAGUGAGAGAGCUUUCAACGGGACCAUGACUUUUCUGGAUUUGGACGCAUUGUACAAUGGUCUAUUCCACUCGAUCAGCGCUUACUCGAUCAGCGCGCCUCUUAACCAAACAGUUGGUUAUUUCGCUCUCCCAGGCUUCAGUCGGUUCUGGGGAUCAUCGAUCAACCUCGAAUUCAAGAACGGGAGCAAGUCAUCUAUUCCAAUAGAAGCAUUGACGGCCCAGGAUUUUUCAAACGUGAUUGAUGGCGAGAGCUUCUAUCAAACUUUCUGUAAUACCACGGUGAAGACCAUGGCAGCGGCGAAUGGGUCUUCGGCAUCUACCUCCCAGCAGACUUCCACGACGACCCCCGACGCCACCACCCAGAUCCCGCAAUAUCCUUCAGCCAUCGCCAUCAGUGACGAUGGGUCGCUGGCCAGCUACUUUCUGGAAGAUGAACCAAGUGUCGCUGUCUUGGCGGUCCUCGGAAUGUCCGAGACUGCGCAACUCUCGACGCAGCAAACGCUGUCCUGGUUUCUGCAACGAUGCCGGGAAACGAACAAGACGCGUCUCAUUGUGGAUGUCAGUCAGAACGGCGGCGGCACGAUUGCGGUGGCAUACGAUAUCUUCAAGCAACUGUUCCCGACUCUUGAGCCAUAUCUGGGGGCCCAAUUACGGGCACAUGAACAGGCCAACAUUCUCGUGAAUUACUUUACUCGCAUAGCCCAGCAGGUCGAAAAGCAGCAACCCGGCAACGUCACCGCCCUUAAAGAUGCCGCUGGAUACCAAAGCUUUGAUGUCUCGGUACUUUACAACGAUGGUGGGGUGCUUUUUCAAUCCUGGGAACAACCUUUCGGUCCGGUCCAGGUGCAUGGUGGCAAUUUCACGAACCAGUACCAACUCGACCUUUCAAAUGCAGACUACGAUGAAGCCACUGGCGGCAUCGUUGUCACUGGCUAUGCCAACAAUUCAAACGUUGCGCCUCAGCCCUUCCUUCCCGAGAACAUUAUGGCUUUCAGUGAUGGAUUCUGUGGGUCGGCCUGCACAAUCUUCAUGCAUCUACUGAAGUAUCAGGGCAAGGUAAAGUCAAUUGUUGCCGGCGGUCGACCCCAAACCGGGCCGCAGCAGGCUAUCGGAGGCGUCAAAGGGAGUCAAGUUGAAGGUUUAAGCACCAUUCUGGGACUUGUUCAAUAUUUUUACCAGACUGCUUCACCGGAAGAAAUCAAAAAAGCGAACCAGACAGCACUGAAAGACCUGGCAGACUACGGCAAUACGCUACUGCUCCGGGACACUCAGGGACUCGUUCAGGUCAACUUUCAGAAUGCCAUUGCUCAGUAUGAUCAGUCCCAGACGCCGCUCCAAUUUGUCUACGAGGCUGCGGACUGCAGGCUGUAG